CACUCCCUUCUCCUCAGCCCUGAUUGGCUGCUACACAGUGACGUUGGAAGCCGAGCCCGGUGCUUGUGGAGCUGACAGAGCUCAGAUAUAAAGACUCCCCGGUUGACCUUGCUGUUGAGCGCUGACUACAAACAGCUCACCGUCCAGGAAACAUACAACAAGCCCAAGUUUACCAGCUAUGUCACACAUGUCAAUGCCCGCGUUACCCAGAUCGGGAUUCACGUUUUCAAAAGAGCAUUUGGUGGUUGCUGUGCCGGUCGCAGUGGUUGCAGCUGUUGGCGGUUUCCUAGUCAGCCAUUACCUGAACGGGCGGAGCUGUAAAAAGGGCCUGGUGAACACAUGCAUCAGUAAAGAUAGCCCCAAAGUGGUCCACAGCUUCGACAUGGAGGACAUCGCCACCAAGGCUGUGUACUGCCGCUGCUGGAAGUCAAAGAAGUUCCCUUUCUGCGACGGAGCCCACACCAAACACAACGAGGAAACCGGGGACAACGUUGGACCGCUCAUCAUCAAAAAGAAGGAUGCUUAAGCCACCCAGUCAGAGAGCCUCGCCCUCCCUUCACUUCUCAUCCCCCCCGCCCCACCUAUCGCUUAUCGUCAUCGUCGCAGUGUCACACUGACGGUGACGGUAUGGCACUGUUGAAAUUUAAAUCAAAACCGUGGGUAUUAUUCAUAGCCCAGAACAGAAAAGUGCUGAAAAUGUUGUGUAUUUUGAUUUCAUACACGCCACGCUGUUUCUACAUGAAUGGCUUUGAAAUCAAAGGUCCCUUUUUUGAGCGGAGAUAAGGAAGGGACUUUGACAAUCGGCACAGUCAGACAUGAGGUACUGUGACUGGGCAGUUGCAUUUUGACCUACUUAUUUGGAAGAGUUUUUGUUUAAAUUCUCCCUGGACCUGAUAGAAGUGAGUCUAUUUCACCAUGCAGGCAUUGUACCUUCACAUCUGGUGUCACCUGUGUCCCCAUCCUUCCUUCACUCCUCCGAGGGUGGAGCAGGUGGUCGAAACAUGAUGAACUGGCAACUCUUGUUCUCAGUCAGCCCAUUUUUGAAUUCAGCCAAAGCCUUCUAUUUAAAUCUACAACCCGCGACCCCAGAGACCGAAACAACGCACACAACCCAUAUGAAUGUUACAGGUUAUGAGAGCUGCUUAGUCAGGAGAAAAACAAAAAAAAAAUGAAAUAAUAAUCUCCGAUCUUGAAGCGUCGAAACACUAUCUUCUGUUUGUAACCCGUUACUGUCUGCUUUCUGGGAAACUUGUAUUUAAUCUGUACUGUUCAAAAGUCUGCUUACAAAGGAUAUAUUUUGCUUUUUCAUUAGAUUUAUUUUCUACUGACUGCUGUGUGUCUGGCUUGAUUCAUUGUUCUGUAUAUUGUGAAUAAAACUUAUUGAGUGAUCUGA